AGCCGCGCUCCAGUCACCAGCAUGGAGAACCAAGACUCUCCCCCUGAUGUCCUCACUAACCCCGCGUUAAACUGACUGAUUAGUGCUCUUAACUCUGGACUUUAUGAGUUACAUAAGUGCUGGAGAUGCCCAGCAGCAGACAGACAGACGGAUGAGGAGUUUUCAGGAGCUCCGCAGAGAAGCGCGGUGCUGUGAUGAUUGAUGGCCGUGGCGGAGCUCCAGAACUCGGCUGCUUACUCAGAUCAAAGGGGCUCCAGGAAAGGGGUGGUCCUGCGCUCCAGCAUAUAUAGAGAGCCGGGACUCUGGGUCAGAGACAGAAGGAGAGACACACACUGCUGCUACAGACUGCCAACACUUUAUUUAUUGCCACUUUUUAAGUGCUUCAGCUGUGGAUUUGGGAUUGGUUUUAUGAGAUAUAUAUAUAUAGGAGUCAAAUACUUUGUGAGGAUAUUUUGUCUCUUGAGAACUUGACAGGAAUAUAAUGUCUUUUUUGCGUGUGGUGUUGAGUUUGGCUGGGUUUGCCCUGUGCGUAAACGCGGCGCAGAGCGCGUGGGAGGAGAGCUUCGUGCUGCCGGUGCGUCUGGACACACAACCGGGACACACGAAGCAAUCCCGGGAGGAGGACUCUGAGAAACGCAUCUAUCGCUUGGAUGUCUUUGGAAAGCGGAUGGUGUUGGCGUUGGAACCGGACCAGACCUUUCUGGCGCCUGGGUUUGUGUUCCAGAUGGUGGGGAAACCGGAGACCGGUGAGUUUGACAGCGCUGGAGAGGCGCGAUGCUUCUUCUCGGGAACCGUAAACGGAGAUGAACUUUCCUCCGCGGCGAUUAAUCUGUGCAAAGGACUGCACGGAGGCUUCUCUGUCGGCGGGGAAGAGUACUUCAUCCAGCCUGAGAACUCCACCGGAGCAGCUACAGACCGAGACACCCACACCAUUCGCCGCAGGACACCGGGGAUCCUGGCCGAGGAGAGCGGCUCCAAGUGCGGCGUGAAUGAGGAGGAGGAGCGGGUCACCGAGAAACCCCACACAACCCAUUCCAAACCAUCCGAGUCUAAAGCACACCACCGAUCUCGGCGCUUUGUGUCCACGCCUCGAUAUCUGGAGAUCAUGAUUGUGGCAGACCAGUCAAUGGCGGAGUUUCAUGGCGCUCAACUCAAACCUUAUCUGCUGACCAUCAUGGCGGUGGCCUCUCGCCUGUAUCGACAUCCUACCAUCCAUAAUUCCAUUACUCUGGCAGUCGUGAAGCUACUUGUUGUGCAUGAUGAAGAACACGGCCCUCAUGUGUCCACCAAUGCAGCGCUGACCCUCAGGAGCUUCUGCCAAUGGCAAAAACAGCACAACCAACCCAGCGACCGUCACCCAGAACACUACGACACCGCAGUACUGUUCACUAGAAAGGAUCUUUGUGGAGCUCACUCCUGUGACACCCUGGGGAUGGCAGAUGUUGGCACCGCGUGCGAUCCAGACCGAAGCUGCUCCAUUAUUGAAGACGACGGUCUUCAGGCUGCCUUCACAGUUGCACAUGAGCUUGGUCACGUGUUUAACAUGCCCCAUGAUGAUGCCAAGCAAUGUGCCAGUGUUAACGGGGACCAAUGGGGUGCCCACAUGAUGGCUUCAACAUUGUCAAAUCUAAACCAGUUAGACCCCUGGUCCCCUUGCAGUGCUCUUAUGGUCACAUCAUUCUUGGACAAUGGCCAUGGUCAGUGUUUACUGGACAAGCCCCAAAAGCCUGAGGAGUUGCCCCAAACUCUGCCAGGAUCGGUUUACGAUGCUGAUAGACAAUGCCGUCUUACAUUCGGAGAGGAGUCCCAGCACUGUCCUGACCUGAGCUCCACCUGUGCCGCCCUUUGGUGCACUGUCACCUCUGCAAAUGGCUUGUUGGUUUGCCAAACCAAGAACUUUCCUUGGGCUGAUGGGACGCCUUGUGGGUCUAACAGCUACUGUAUGGCAGGCCAGUGUUUGAGCAAGACUGAGGCUGCCAAAUAUGAGACUCCCGUCAAUGGUGGAUGGGGAUCGUGGGGAUCUUGGGGAGACUGCUCACGUACCUGUGGAGGAGGCGUGCAAUACUCUUUUAGGGACUGUGUCAAUCCCCGACCCAAAAAUGGAGGCAAAUACUGCGAGGGCAAGAGAAUUCAGUACCGCUCCUGCAACACAGAGACCUGCCCUGAUAGCAAUGGUUUGACCUUCCGUGAGGAGCAGUGUUUGGCACACAAUGACCUCUCCUCUCAGGUGUCACUGGGCUCGGGUGAGGGUGUUGAGUGGGUGCCGAAGUACGCCGGAGUCUCUCCUAAGGAUCGCUGCAAGUUGGUGUGCCGAGCGAAGGGAACGGGCUACUUCUUCAUUCUGAAACCAAAGGUGGCUGAUGGGACACCGUGCACUCCAGAUUCCACUUCAGUCUGUGUCCAAGGACAGUGUGUGAAGGCUGGAUGCGACAGGGUCAUCGGAUCCGACAAACGAUUCGACAAAUGUGGCAUCUGUGGAGGAGAUGGAUCAACUUGCAAGAAAGUUUCCGGAUCAAUGGAACGUGCUAGACCGGGCUACCAAGAUGUGGUGACGAUUCCAGCUGGUGCCACACACCUAGAUGUCAAGCAGCGAUCUUUUGGAGGCCGUAGCCAAGACAACAGCUACCUAGCAGUCCGCCGGCAAGAUGGCUCCUACCUUCUGAACGGCGACUAUAAGUUGACCACUUUAGAGACUGAUAUCUCUGUGAAAGGUGCUCUGCUGCGGUACAGCGGCUCCUCUGUUCUUCUGGAGCGCCUGAGAAGCUUUGCUCCCUUACCUGAGCCUUUGACCAUCCAGGUGUUGUCAGUCGGUGAAUCCCCUAGGCCUCGUGUCAAGUAUAGCUACUUUGCUCCACGUCCCAAUGGCUCAAACCGGCCGUCUAUCAACGCAAUUAGUAAAGCUGUAGAUGCUGAAUGGUUCCUGGGUGAGUGGGGAACUUGUUCGAAAACCUGCGGCGGAGGGAUUCAGACGCGGGAUGUUAUGUGCCUUGAUUCUAAACGUCGUCCAUCUAAAAACUGUGUUGAUGAGUUGCGCCCUGCAUCAUCUCGGCAAUGUGCUUUGCAGGAUUGCCCAUUCUGGUUCUUGGGUGAGUGGGGAACUUGCUCGAAAACCUGCGGCGGUGGGAUCCAGACGCGGGAUGUGAUGUGCCUUGAUCAUAACCGUCGUCCAUCUAAAGACUGUGUUGAAUUGCACCCUCCAUCAUCUCGGCAAUGUGCUUUGCAGGAUUGCCCAGCCUGGUUCUUGGGUGAGUGGGGAACUUGCUCGAAAACCUGCGGCGGUGGGAUCCAGAAGCGGGAUGUGAUGUGCCUUGAUCAUAACCAUCGUCCAUCUGAAGACUGCGUUGAGUUGCGCCCUGCAUCAUCUCGGCAAUGUGCUUUGCAGGAUUGCCCAUUCUGGCUGCCGGGCAACUGGUCUGAAUGUUCCAGAACAUGCGGUAGAGGCUUUCGCAAGCGUACACUUAGCUGCAUUACACAUGAUGGUCACAUUUUGCCUAAUAGCAGCUGCAAUGCAACGGAUCGACCACGACCUCUUCUGAACUUGUGCAAUCUGACUCCCUGUUGAAAACCGAGGGUUUAAAAACCUUGCAGGUUGCAUCUGGUGCCUACCAAUACACAGGUUCUUGGAUUCAAAGGGCUCCGUAUGACUGAGACUGCAACCAAUCUUCUUUGGGUUUCAUCUAACACUGGGUACAGGGCACAAAGCUGGCACACUGUGCACCUGUCUGUGAUGGAGGAUGAGGACAUGCUGCUUUGGGUUUUUUUCAACAUGCAUGAGUGUGUGUGCUGGACGAUUAUUGAAACAGCUAUGCAUUUUUGUACUGUCUGAGCGGGACUAGACAGACAGCUUUUUUGAAUAUUAAAUAGCGUACAGGAGUAUUGUUUUGCCGGGGUCCAGAGCAAUACUGAUUCACCAGAGUGCCCUCUAGUGGUUCUGCAUUUAACGUUAAACUCUGGCUUGAGCACAUAUUUACCACGUCUUUUUCUUGCCAAAAAUCAGUGCCAAUCUCACCUCAGCUAGGCACACAUGCUGCUAAUCAAACACCACAACAGGUAUUAUGCAAUUUCCUCAUAGACAAGCUUCACGUGUAGCUUCCUAGUUCGAUCACCGUUCUGCAAAGCCAUACCUGAUCAAGAGGGAUCGUGUUUUUAAGGGGGAAGGGAAAGCAAAGGGCAUAGUUUCUACUACAUCUGCGGAGAGAGUGUGUUUACUUGUUUAUGUAUGCGUGUGAUUGUGUGUAGAGAGAUACGGCGAGGGAUUCUCUCCUGCUUCUACUUCAUAAGUAAUCCUCUCCUGCCUUCUGCGAAGGUUUUGUAAUGAGAUAUUUGUAACUUUUUUCUUUCGUUUUGUACAGAAUAUCCAAAGGUUAUUUAUUUUUGUACAGCCCGUUUAAUAUAAUCUUUUUUUUUUACCAUUAUUGUAUUUCUGUUUGUUAUUAUUAUUGAAAUAACUGAAGGAUGUAGAUUAUAUUAGAGUAUUUAUACAACAUCUAUGAUCUUAGGUUUAUGAAUAAAGUAUCACAUUGAUUUGUGGAACAA